AUGAGUGGCUCGUGGGAAGUGCACAGAAAUUGCUGUGGCCUGAGUGGCUCCUGGGCGGUGAACAGAGGGUGCUAUGGCCUGGGUGGCUCGCGUGGUGUCGAGCAGCAAGGGGUGGUGACAAUGGACAGAAGGGUGGAUGGUGCGGUGGAACCUCUCGGCAAGUUCUUGCUGGUGAAAUCCGCCGCAGCGGAGGAGGUCACCAAGGCCGGUUUGCUGCUUCCAAAGAGCCAGAAGCCCAAGCAGGGUGAGGUCGUCGCGGCUGGACCUGGUGAGGCGAACGUGGAAUCCGGGCAGAUGGUGCCCAUGUCUGUGAAGGUGGGAGAGAAGGUCUUGUACAGCAAGUAUGGUGGCUCAGAGACCAUCGAAUGCGGUGGGCAAGAUCAUGUCUUGGUGCGGGAAGAUGAUGUCCUGUUGAAGUACAAAGGUGAUGAGCCUGUACUCGCGAAGAUCAGCAUGCCUCGGGGUAAGGUGCUGGUGAAACUGCUGCCCAAGGAGCAGGAGACCUCCUUCGGUCUGCUGCUGUCGGAAGGGGCCAAUGAACAAACCACCACCGCUGGGGAGGUUGUGUCGGUUGGCGCUGGAACCAUCUUGGCCAACGGCGAUGAGCUUGAAGCUCCGGUGAAGGCUGGUGACAAGGUCCGCUUUCGCUAUGGAGAUGAGGUCGAGCUGGACCUGGGUGACGGCGGCCAAUUUUCGGUGGUGAGCAUUUCCAAUUGCAUCGCCAAAUGGUAG